AUGGCGGUAGAACAGCACGAUCAGCAGUACCCACCUCCUCGCGGCCCCACGAGUAAGAUCGGCUACUUCGGCUCCUUCGAGGAGGUCAUCUCAAGCGGCAAACCACGACCCCGUUCCUCCACGCCCGCGAAACCGACGACAUUCGGAGACGGCUGGGAUCCCCACCCGACCAGUCCCGGCCUCCUCGUCAACCCAGGUCUCGACUCCCGCGACCCCCUCGCCGGAACUGUCGCUCCUCGUCCUUUGACUCGCUACCUCGGUCGUCACUAUCAUCCACAGUUUGACCGACACCGGACUGGGCAGAAGUCCGAGCUCAAGCCUGAAUCACGACCUACAUCGAAAGAAGGGCAACUCCAGGUUGAUCGCCGCCACCAUUGGCUUCAACGGACGCCCCGCCCUGCGCCGACAAGAUUUGUGGGAAACGCCCGCGUCUUUGCCGAGCGAUCGAGCAGACGUAUCUUCGAGCCCCGUCUAGACAGAGCCCGACCAGCCCCCAGGCCAACGAAGGUUGGUAACGGUCUCGUUCCCGGCAGGAAGGCGAGCAAGACGUCGCUCAAAGACCCCUUCGUCGACAAGCGUUCGACCACCAGAAGCAUUGGCAUCCGUGCCCCUCCUUUCCCAAGGUCUCAGCAAGCCGAAUACCUCAGACUCGCGACCACCGCGAACCUACCUGCAACAAAGCCCACUCGUGUCGCCAAGACCCACCGACACCUGCCCGCUCUGAGCAGCUUGUCCUCCGAGUAUCACAUUGCCGGAACGAGAGAAAGGCGUCGUGAGUUGCAGUUCUUCGCAACCCGAUCGAAGGAGGCGCGGAAGGAUCUGUUUGGCCCGACUGGCCCGGCCUACAAGUCGUCAUUCAAAGAAAACACGGUCGUCAUCCCUCCUCAUCAGCCGACACUCGUCCAAAGCUUGGACUUCAAGACAGCCACCGUCCAGCGUGUGGGACAGGAGACACCGUCCUCCGGCCAAGGCUCCCCUGGCCCCAAGACGUCACGCUACGAACAGAGCUGUGCACCCGGCUGCGACACAUCCCGCAAGCGACGGGCCGGAGACUCGGAGCUGGACCUGAUCGUGGCGGAUGCGGCCGGACAGAGUCAGCCGGAGCAGGUGCCACUCACAACAACCCCGAGUGCUGCAGGUGUGGCUUCAGACGAAGGGACUGAACCCCAGGGCCGUGGGGCUUGGCUCGUCAAUAUCAUGACCUCAGUCCGAGGCGCCGUCACCAAGGUCUCCAGUAGCAUUUCUGGCUAUGUGUAUCCUCGCAACUACAACGUUAUUGAGCGACACUCUCGCGACCAGCAAACCGGCAAUAUCGCCACGAAGCGCAUCAAGCUGGAACUCACCGACGACCCCGUCGUUGAGACCAUGGCUGCACAACCGUCUCGGGCCGCUAGCUGGGACACGUCCAAGACCAACCUUGUCUGGGUCGACGAGUCGACAAGAGUCGCCCAUUGGCAUCAAGUAGCCCCGCUUGUCCGAACAUUUCGAAGCAUCAGUUACCGGAUUGAAAAGGGGCUGUCGGGUUCCAGAGAUGGCUCUCCCGCCUCUCGGGCGGAUGGCGAUGCCCUCUCGCAGCGCAUCUACACCCUCGGCGCCUACGUCUCCAUCUUCCAGCAGACGGCGUUCGUCCUGGAGAGCGUCUAUUCUCACACCUUCUUGGCGAAACUGAAGGACACAUUCAAAUUUCCUCAGUCAACCAUGGACUACGACGUCAGCCCCGACGAAUUUCUCGCCAUCACGGCGGUCAAGGAAUUCGUCAACAGCUUCCCCGACGAAUGCUCUCCCGUCCUGGCCGAGUCUGGCGUCACGCAGCGAGUUCUCAAGGGCAUUGGCGCGGACUUGGACGCUCUUGCCAACCAGAAGCCGAUGCCCAAUCUCGUUCAACGAGCCGGGCUGGUCGGCAAGGUCAUGAAGUUCUUCCGGGGACGCGACACCUUCGGCGUCGAGGCUUCUGAUGAUCCCGUCUCCAAGAUCGCCGUCGAAAUGCCUGGCAGCUUUCCGGAUACGCAGGUGAAGAGCGAGCCCGUGGACGAAGAGGCCAAACCCCCAAGGGACGCUCCUGAACAUCGACCAGUCACGAAACCCAACUAUCUGCCUCCCGCCAGAACCACGGACGCGUACACCUUUGUCCGUGAGCAUCUGGCCGAGAUUGCGACAAGGCGACGGACCGUCUACGGAGAGGGGCCCGCUGGCAUGACCCCAGAGGACUUACUCCCCAGACCGAGCCCCAUCUCCAUCAGAAAGGAUGGCCAAUCCCCCGUCGUGUUGAAGCGACUCCAGAAGGCGAGAGGCCUGAAGAGAGUACAAUUUUCGUCAUCGGCCAAACCGUCGACGCCCUCGCCGGCGAAACGAACCGGCUUCUUCAACAAGCUGUUCGGCUCACCGCUCCGUCAGGUCACCGAGGGCAGUUCCCUGAGUGGCGCGCAGACCGAUGGCUCGCCUGACAGCCGUGGCUUAGGGAGGCCAGGGCGGCAGGCGGGCACAGAGCAAGAGACGGACAACACGUCCGAGGACAGCGACGGGGAGGCUGUUGCGGCCAGAUGCCAGCCCCGCCUCGUGCGGCAUCUGAACGAAUCGUUGAAAGGGCUCGAAGCCAGGGGCUUCUUUGUCAAGGACGAACCGCAGGAAGCGUCUUCUUGCCCCCCAAGCCCCCCCAAUCUGGCGGGCCUGAACAUUUCGGACGAUAAGGAAGAGGAGCUCGAAGAUCUCUCCCUCGCUCUUCAGCUGUUGCUCGACGUGGACGAGGCACGCCGAAGAGAGGAGGAGGAAAGAAGGGCCAAGGAGGCGGAGGAGGAGAGGCUGCGCAAGACGGGCGGGCUCCGCGUUCCUCGAAGGCGUCUGAUCACCUCGCUGCCGGCAGACUGGUCCCACAAGGUGUCGGCUUCGCUGCAAGCCCACCCUUCGAAGACGCUUGCUGUCACGGCCGAGAGCGUUGAGCUCCGGAAACACGACUUCGCCAAGGUGGUUCCCGAGACCGAGUGGCUCAACGACGAGAUUGUCAACGGCUCGCUGCAGUGGCUCGACCGGUACGUCAACGCGGCUGCGGGCGCCACGGACGUCAAAUCACCAAACCGGGUCUGCCUGGCCAUGGGGUCGUUCUUCUACAAGAGACUGGAGGACAACGGCGUGCAAAACACCGAACGAGCACUGCGCCGCUACGGCGUGACCAAGGCAAACUUUCUCAAGCUGGAGACGAUUCUCAUGCCCAUCUGCAAGAACAACCACUGGACCUUGCUAGUCGUCCGGCCGCAGAAGCGAACCGUCUCGCACAUGGACUCCUUCAACCCUAGAGGAUCGGCCGCCCACGCCAACAGAGCCCUGGCUUGGGUCAAGGCUUUCUUGGGCAACGACUACAAGGCAGACGAGUGGAGGACGGUCUGCCACGAGGCUCCAGUGCAGACGAACGGUUACGACUGCGGUGUCUUUACCAUCACGAACGGCAUGUGCUUGGCCCUCGGCCUCAACGCCAUCGACACCUACUCUAGCGAGGACUUGCCACUGCAGCGUCUCCGAAUCGCCGGCAUGCUGCUGAACAAAGGCUUCAGCGGCGAGUUCGACCUUGCUGGCCUCUGA